GGGGGGAGCUACGUGCUUCAUCUCUUUUAGUCUCCUCUUCAGCCUCCUCUGCUGUCAAAGCGCGCAGGGAGGACGACGACGGGAUGGAGCGGAUGGAGUCCAUGGAGCCGAUCUCUGCGCAGUACACCACGGCUUACCCGGAGAUCCAGCCGGACAGCGGCUACGAAUCCAGAGAGACCACGGACAGCCAGGCAAAGACUCCACCACCUCCGACAUACGAUGAGGAACUAGUGCACAAGACGAUCCUGGUCGGUGACAGCGGAGUGGGAAAGACAUCUCUGUUGGUGCAGUUUGAUCAGGGAAAGUUCAUCCCCGGCUCCUUCUCUGCUACAGUGGGCAUUGGAUUCACGAAUAAAGUGGUGACUGUUGACGGAGUUAAGGUCAAACUACAGAUUUGGGACACAGCGGGACAGGAGAGGUUCAGAAGUGUGACACAUGCGUAUUACAGAGACGCACACGCUUUGCUCCUCUUGUAUGACAUCACAAGCAAAACCUCCUUUGAUAACAUCAGGGCAUGGUUAACUGAGGUCCAUGAGUAUGCACAGAGUGAUGUAGUCAUCAUGUUGCUCGGCAACAAGGCUGACAUGAGCAGUGACAGAGCGAUCAGGAGAGAUGAAGGAGAGAGGCUGGCCAGAGAGUAUUCAGUUCCUUUCAUGGAGACCAGCGCCAAGACAGGAGUCAAUGUAGAGCUGGCCUUCACUGCUGUGGCAAAGGAACUGAAGCACCGGGCCGUCCAGCACCCCAACGAACCCAAGUUCCAGAUUCAUGAAUACAUUGAAGCACAAAAGGAGAAGUCAGGCUGCUGCACCUACUUCUAAAUCUCAUCUCCUGAGUCCUCCUCCUCCUCUAUCCUCCCACCACUCUGGGUGAACAGACUGUCAGAGAGACAUCGAGAGCUACAGAGUGGGAGGAAGUCCUAUUAACUCACUGCUGCUCCCAAAAUACAACGCUGCCAUUCAUUCAAGACUAAAAGCCAAAAGUAGACAAACCAGGCUACAGUCUCACAAACCCACAGUUUUCUUUGGCCAAGAACACUUUACAUGCACAUCUUUAUGAGAAGCUGAAUAUUUGUUUAGUACUUUUAGAAAAAAAACAAUUAUAUAAAUUACUGUGAGAAAAUAAUCGUUCUUUGUGAGUGUUAGAUGAGAAGAUCAAUACCACUCUCAUGUAAGUACGGAGAUGAAGUCAGGAUGUGGUUAUCCUAGCUUAGCAUAAAGACGGGAUGUAGCGGGUGAUAGCUAGUCUGGUUGUAG